AUUCACAGCCCCUGUGUGAACUCGGGUGCUGUGGGCCGGAGGACACACCCAGGCAACUGAUCGGCCACUGGCGGCUUCACCUGUCCGCAGAACGAGAGAGAGAGGGAGAGAGAUUUUGUCAAGGAGAGCGGAAGCUCAGGAGGGAGAAACAGACACAGAGAAAGAGAGAGAAUAAAACAGAACCAAACAGAACCAGUGGGGCGGGUUUUGCGAUCGGAGACCCGGGACUCGGUUGCUGGGCAGAGGGGAUCCGGAGCCAGGGCGGCAGUGAACGGAUCAGUUUGCAGCCUGAUCCUUCCCUCACUAGCUGGACAUCUCUCGUUCCCGGUGGGAUUUGCUGUGAGCCAUGGACUUAAAAAGUGAACUGCUUAAAUCCAUCUGGUACGCCUUCACCGCCCUGGACCUCGAGAAGAGUGGGAAGGUUUCCAAGUCUCAACUCAAGGUGCUGUCGCACAACCUGUACACGGUGCUGAACAUUCCCCAUGACCCCACCACCCUGGAGGACCACUUCCGUGAUGACAAUGAUGGACCUGUUUCCAGCCACGGCUACAUGCCUUACCUAAACAAGUAUAUCCUGGACAAAGUGCAAGAUGGGAAUUUUGCCAAAGAAAGAUUCAACGAACUUUGCUGGACUCUAACAGCCAAGAAGAACUACAAACCAUUGAGAGACCAAGGCCUGAUCUCAGAGAGAGACGCCUUCAAGCUGUGGUGUCUCUUCAACUUCUUAUCAGAGGACAAGUACCCCCUGGUUGUAGUCCAAGAGGAGGUAGGGUAUUUGCUGAAGAAAUUAUUCAUGGCCAUGGGACAGGAAUGGCUUCAUGAGGAGGAACUGACUGACUACUUCACCCAGGAUCCCUCUCUGGCCAGGGCAGUCACAGUCUGGCAAUUCCUGGAGAUGAUGGAGUCAGGGAGGUUCACCAGAUCAGCCAGCAAGGAGUGUCUCACCCUAGGGAUCCAAUCAGUUUAUGAGGAGCUGGUGUUGGAUGUGAUGCAAAAGGGCUACAUGUGGAAGAAAGGUCAAGUUCGGCGAAACUGGAAUGAGCGCUGGUUUGUCCUGAAGGCCUCCCACAUUCACUAUUAUGUCAACGAGAACCUCAAGGAGAAGAAGGGGGAAAUCCAUCUCGAUAUGGACAGCACAGUUGAGGUCCUCCCCGAUAAGGAAGGAAAGCGAUGUUUGUUCUGUAUAAAAACUGCAAACCGUACGUACGAGUUGAGUGCGUCUGACACAAAACGCCGACAGGAAUGGAUAGACAGUGUUACUGCUGCAAUUUGGAUCUGUACAGAGAACAGGAGCUCCCUGCACAAAGAGCAGAAGGAGAGACGGCGAGAGCAGAGACAGCAGAGUGCAUGCAGGAAACUGGAGAAGAGAAUGGAGGAGGAGCACCUGGCAGAGCUGCAACAGGAGAAGGAGAGACAGCUGUUGGAGAUUGAGCAGCUCAGGAAGGCACAGGAAGAAGCUCAGGUCCUUUGGCGAUCCAAAGAGCUCCAGUGGAUGAAGCAGCAGGAGAUGCAGCAGCAGAAGCUACAGAGAGAGCUGCAGAAGGCCCACACAGACAAACGCCAGAUGCAGUUAGUCAUGGAGCAGAAGGAGCUGGAAGCUGGAGCUCAACGCCUUCGGAUUCAGGAACUGGAGACGAUGCAGCGAGGCUUAGAGCAGGCCUUGAAGGCCGAGAUCCAGGCCCACACUGAUGAGCAGACCGUGCGAUCGGCACAGGCAAGGUUGCUGCAGGAGGAGGAGGAGAAGCUGAAGGAGUUGAUGAAGCUGAAGGUUGAACUGCAGAAUCUCAUCCAGAGAACACAGCAGAAGCAGCAGCUGGAGCAACAGAUAACCAGCAAGGCCCAAGCACUGCAGCAGGCCAUGGAGGAGCUGAGAGAGACCAGGCAUCGUAACAAGCAGAACCUUGUUGUGGCAGAGAGGAGGCGGAAGCGAGCAAGUCAAUAUGUUAAACACUGGAAUGUGCAACUGAACCGAUUGAUGACGCCAGUCAUGCCUGGGGCUGCCCAGAAUCAGCCGAGCAGUGACAUCCUGAGCCACAGAGGAUGCGGAGCCUUCACCCCCGAAGAAUUCAGCUUCAAGAAAACCCAUCAGAAAACAAGGCCACUCGACAGGAAUAAUGAUCCCAAGACCUCAACGCAGGUCUCAAAGGAGACAUUUGAGUCCGACUCUGAGGAUUACGAGAACAUAGAAGAAUACAUGAAGAAUGUGUCGUUAAUGGGAGCAACGCCCCUCUAGGUGAAGUGGCUAUGAUGGCGGCGUGGACUGGCGAGUGUGAGGAAGAUGUGAAGAAUGCCACAACCCCUUGCAACCCCACAAAGGAAACCACAAUUGGAUCGCUGUGUACUUCCACUUUCAGCUCCCUGUCCUUCAUUGUGUCGGACAGCUUGUAACAUCUGGCGUCUGCAUAUCUGGGAACGCUACUGUAUUCAUUGACACGGGAGCCUCGGACGCAGUGGGGACAGCCUAAGGUAGUCAAUAGCAGAAGGGACAGGUACAUCAAUAUAAACUGACUCCAAAGUGCUUUGUAACGAAAUUGGGCCUUCACUAAUAUUCAACUAAUGAUAAAGAAUCGUCACUAACUUCAA